AUGGCUCCCAUUCGCACCGCCCUCAUCGGCCUCUCCGCCUCGGCCAAAACCUCCUGGGCCGCUGUCGCCCAUCUGCCAUACCUCCUCUCCCCGCGCGGCAAGUCCAAGUAUCAGAUCGUGGCUCUUUGCAAUAGCAGUGUAGAAGCUGCUCACAAAGCUAUUCAGCACUUUGAACUACCCGCAGAGACAAAGGCAUAUGGCGACCCCGAGUCUCUUGCUGCCGAUGAUGAGAUUGAUCUAGUGGUUGUCAUUACCCGCGUCGACGUUCAUCAUUCAACUGCCUUGCCUAGUGUCAGAGCUGGAAAGGCUGUCUACGUGGAGUGGCCUCUAGCGCAAGAUGACGAGCAUGCUAGAGAACUUGCUACUCUCGCCAAAGAAAGCGGUAGUCGUACUAUCGUCGGCCUUCAAGGUCGUGUUGCGCCGCCUAUUGUCAAGAUCCACGAGCUUCUACGGCAAGGCCGCAUUGGAAAGGUUCUUAGCAGUGAACUUCGUGCUUCUGGAGGCACCAAUGACCGUGAGGUAUUGCCAUCUAUAUUGGAUUACUUUACUCGGCGGGCUGUGGGCGGCAACAUUUAUACCAUCGGCCUUGGUCACCUCUUUGACCAAGUCCAAUACAUCUUGGGCGACAUUGGCAACUUCAAGAGCCGCCUCCACCUCCAACGUCCCAACGUCAAAGUCCGUGACCCAACAACAAACAAAAUCAUCAGCACAGUCAAGUCAGACGUCCCAGACCUAAUCUUUGCGACCGGCACUCUCAAAGAAUCAGAGAACUCCCAAGAGGGCGCAAGUGUCCUCAUCCGCUUCCGUCGGGGCCAGCCCUUCCCAGGAGAGGCCCCCCUCGUCUUUACCAUCAACGGUGAAAAGGGAGAGAUUAGACUCAAGGCCGAGGGUGGAACGUCUCUGCAUGCUAAUAGCUACGAUAAACCCGUGACUAUUGAAGUUGAUGAUUUUGAUACCGGCAAGGUUGAGGAGAUUGCUUGGCAAUGGAAGGAUUGGCAGGAAGAGCUUCCCCUUGUCAGUCGUAGCGUUGCUACUGUCUACGAGAGGUUUGCAGAGGGUAACAGGAAAGGGCUGGUCUCUUUUGACGACGCUCUUUUGCGCCAUGAGCAGUUGAAUGGACUAUUGAGAGAAUGGGACUCGGAUAGCUCGAAGUAG